CGGCGGGGCAGGGGGGUGGUGGGUGCUCCCGCUCCUGCCCCGUCCGGGGGCGCUCGGACUCGCAGCCUUGGGGUUGUUGCUUUUUUUAUUUUGUCUCCUUUUUUUCCUUCUUUGCUGUAAAUAAUGAGGAUCCCCCGCCCGCCCCCGGGACCAGCCCCCGCUUGCAGGAGGUUCCAGCCCGGCUGCCUCACUUGAGCAGCUCGGGGGGCUCCGGCAGCUUGGCCGGGUGUCCCCUCCGAAAGGCCGGGGGUCCUGGGCGCUGCGGGCCCCCCGGCAGCCGGGGGUGACUUGCUCGGGUCGCCUUUACAAGCGUAACCCCUCCCGCCCCCCACACCGUUUACACGGUGCGUGGGGAAACUGAGGCACGGAUGCUCCAGCCUUCGGUGCUGACACUGGGAGCGCUGGGUUUGCUCGAGGGUUUCUGUGAACCCCCCCGGCUGCAAAUCCUUGCCAGCCUGGGGGGACGGGAGCUGGCUGCCCCCAAACCCUUCUGCUUUUGGGGUCUGCAAAAGGCAGGGAGAGGGUUGGGGUAUCCCCGUCACGCAGCUUUUAGGGGAUCACAAAGAGGACCCCCCCAUCCCAGCCUGCAGCUCGCUCCUCCGGGGCAGCAGGAGUUUGGCGGGGGCACAGGAGGGGGCUGCACCUAACUGCCCGCCGCCAAUUAAUUAUAUUCAUGAAUUAAUUGCAAAGCAGGAAGGAUUACGCCAGCGUUCAUCCCCAUGUCCUCUAAAGCUUCAGUGAGUCAGAUGAUGGGGAAAUUUCCUUAAAAAAAAAAAAAAAAGUAAAAGAGCCAAAAUAUGGUGGUUAUUGUUGUGCUUUUCUAAGACAAAUAAAUAAGCCCGUGCAAGUCCGGGGACAAGCAGGGCCUGUUUCCAGGAUCGCAGCGCUUCUGCGCGUUCCUGGCCCUUGGGGCAUGGCGGAGUUUGUGAUUUGAUUUUUAUGUAACAGCAGAGUCGAGCGGGCAGCAAAGGUGUGGGGUUCGGGGGAUUUCAUUUCCCCGGCCGUCCCCUGCAGUUUCUCCUGCCAUGUUUGCUCGGCCUCAUGCACGGCUGCUAGCCCCGGCCCGCGGAGGGAGCAGAGCUGGUGCCUCCGGCCGCUGGUGCCUCCGGCCGCGGGUGCCGGUGGCGGCUGAGCCUGCGCUCACCUGCACCCGGGGAUCCGGCCGGAAAAACCAUCCCGGGGCCCGUGGGCCUGUGGGAAUUGUGCUGCUGGAGCUGCUAAACCUCCCGGUUCAGGCGGCAGGGUCGGUGCCGAUGGCCGCGGCGGGUGACGCGCGGGUCCCGGCUGCGUGAAGGGCGGCCGGCGUGUUUUCCAGGGAUGCGGGUUUGCCUCCCCAGGGAUGCCACCUUUGCCUCCUGCCCUUAUCAGUAGGAAACCACUCUGGGGUGGAGCUGGCGGCAACGGGGCGACUCCAGCAUCCGGGUGUUUGGGAUGGAGGUUGUGAUUCCAGCCAGGUCUUUUAUUUCUUUUUCCACGCUCCACAGCACCGAGUUUAUGGCACAUGUGUUCCUGGUCCCCCUGCUGCCACCGCCUUUGCUGUGACGAGGUUUCCCCGUUUGCCGGUUUUCGGCAGCGCUGUGGGGAAAGGGAAGAGCCCUGAGUGUGUGCGAGCGACAAAGUGAUGAAUCAUCGGAGCAGGGGGGACAUUUCCAGGGCUGAGGGUGGGGUGGCCGUGGAGCCUGAGCAGCACAGCCCUGCGGGGACACAAACAGCCGCUGCAGGGAAAUGGGGCUGGGGAGGCCAUGCUGGGGGUGUCCCCCCCAAAAAGCACAUGCACCCAGGGCAGAAAUGUCCUUCAGGCUCCCUGUUGCUCUCUGUGUGCUGGGGGGGUUAUUGGGAUGCUGGUGUUGCGAUGAAUCUCAGCCCUGGAUCCCUGUUUCUUCCUCCUUUCCUGGGGGUACCGAUGGAUGGUGGGGAGGGACGGAGCUCUCCCAGUGCUGGCAUGGGACAUCCCCACUGCGCCAUGGGACAUCCCCAUCGCCUCUGGGCUCUGUCCCUGGGGGCAGCAGGAGUUUGUGCUUGGUUUCUGUGGGGGGGACCUUGAGCUGCGCCCACCGAAAGGGACCUGUUUCGUAACUGCCCCACGUGGGGUUGUCCUGCACCCCAGAAAAGCGGAACCGGCCCGGGGGGGGAAGCGACUUGCCGGGGCCGGCUGAGUGCAGCGUGUCCCCGGCGUGGGACUGCAGCCCGGCAGUGGCACCGUGCCGCUGGCGCGUCCCAUAGCUGCAGCCUGCGCCCGUGGUGACCCGUGGCACCCGUUCCGUGGCAGCUCUCCGACCGUCUCUUUGCUCUGGGAGAUGUUACAGGGCACUUGGUGGCUGCGGGAGCCAGCGCUGGGUGUUUCGCAGCCCUUUGGGAGAGGAGGCUGAUCGGGGGUGUGACGUGUGGGGCAUCCCGGGGUGGCCUUUCUGCAGUGGCAUCACCUCAGUGAAGCUCGGGGAGGCAGCAGCUGGGGCUUUGCCGAGCCGUGGUGCGGUCCCGGUGCGGGCUGGCCGGGGUGCAUCCCCUCUUGGGACCGGCCACGGUCAUUGUCACCUCUGCAGCUGAGCCAGGGGAAGGUGCUGUGGGUUUGAUGCUUGGAGGGAUGAAACAGACGAUCUCUCUGUGAAUGUGCAGACAGGAACUAUGUGCUCAUCUGUUUUUCCCCCCAUUGGUAUGGCCAGAAAGAGCCCCGGCGGUUCCCCCAGAUUCACUGCAAGGUCGUGCCGCGCAGGGCCGUCGCCUGGCGCUGGCGUUUUGGUCAGAGCGGGUUUUCUCUGGGGAUUUGCGUGUGCGUAGGUUCCCGCGGCAUGGCCAGCCCAGGGGUGCAGGAUGCUGAGCCCUGCGCUCCAGGACGGGCUCUGGUUCCUGCUCCUCACCUUCCGGGGAGACCCGCGUGUUGGCCGGAGGUGGAGGUGGCACAUUGCUGAGAACACCAGGAAUGCCGGCGGGAGGCCGGCACCGUGCCGGCCCAGUCCUGUCCAGCUGAGGCUGACAGCUGCCUUGGAGGGAGCCAUCCCUUCUCCAGACGUCUUCCCCCUCACUUCCUGAUGAACAAACAGGCAGCGGAGCAAAGCUAUAAAUACUAAAUUUAAAACAAGAAAAAAGAGAAAAGAAACCAGACGAUUUCCCGGGGGGCGGAGGAAGAGCAGGUGAGGGCUGAGCCCCGGUGACAAGGGCGCGCAGGGCCGGCCGGACCUUGCCAGGAGCAGCUUGGUGUCCACAGCCUUUGCAAGGAGUCUGUGCCAUCUUAUUUUUAAACUCUUCUCAGAACUGCUACAGGGGUUUCGUCACCUUUCCUACAAGCGCAUUUAACUCUGAACAAACGCCCGGCACUCUGCAGCCUCCUUAAAUCCCUCCUUUAGGUUAAUUGGUGCAACUUUUUUCCAGAUAAACCUGAAACGCCCAGGCAGCAUCCUUCCCUGCUGGUUACAUUCCUCUUUUUCCUUCCCAUACACGCACACUAUUAAUGAAAGUGAUUUACUUCGCGCAUAAACAGUUGUGAAGCCGAAGGUUUCCCAUCUCCCUGCCCCGGCUCAGUGUUAUUCGGGGACUCCUCUUGGGUUGUAAAUUCUUCUUUCAGCACAUGGCCGCAUCUCCAGCGCAGUUUGUGCAGCUGCUGCAGUAGCACCCAGGUGCCAAAAUCAGCAGGGCCGAGGGGGCACCCGACCUGGGCACCUUUGGACCCCCCUGCGUGGCACUGGGAGCAGGCAGAGCUACUGGGGGUGCUCCCUGGCGUGGGAUCCAGGCUGGGACAUCUUGGUGGCAGUGGCUGGCAGUGAGCUUGGGGACAGCCAGGGGAAUCCGUGGGGCCUCAGGGACAGGGAGGGCAGCGGCUCUGGCGUUCACAGGGCUGUUUCCCCGGGGUUUUGGGGGAGUCGCAUGGUGCUGGCUGCAGCACCCCCCAUCUGCAGCAGGGUAGGUGCCACUGGGCACCGCCACCGCUCCUCAGGGACCGCUCCGGGCUGGGGACAGGCAAAAAUCUCACCCAGAGAAACAGCCCAGCCCGAUGGGAAAAACCUCUGGGCUUCUUCAUGGUCAAACUGGCGUAACUCGUGCCGGGGAGGCGGCAGCAGCCGUGGUGAGGACCUGACCCGGCUGCAGCGGCACCGUGCCAGGGCAGGGGCUGGGUUGGCAGCAGGGGCUCCCGACAGCCCAGUUUGACCUUCACGGAGCAGGAAAGUGCCGGACUGAGCCUGGGGGAGAGGAGGGGAGAGCAGAAACCUCUCCUGUGCGGGGUCACCUCCGUGUCCUCCUCUCAGGGUCACCUCCGUGCCUGGUGGGCGCCUGCGUGUCCCGCCCGCAGUGCACCAUGGCGUCCCGCAUCGGGCUGCGGAUGGAGCUGAUGAAGCAGCAGGCGCAGCAGGAGGCCGAGCGUGAGCGCGCGCAGCAGCAGAUGAUGAUGAACUACGUGCAGCAGCAGCGAAUGCCAGUGGCCUCCACCCCAGCCAUCAACACCCCUGUCCACUACCAGUCCCCACCGCCCGUGCCUGGGGAGGUCCUCAAGGUCCAGUCCUACCUGGAGAACCCCACCACCUACCACCUGCAGAAGUCACGGGACAAGAAGGUUCAGGCUUAUCUCUCCGAAACCUACGGGAACAAGUUUGCUGCCCACGUCAGCCCCGCCAGCCACUCUCCCAAGCCGCCCCCCGCCGCGUCCCCCGGCGUCCGACCCGCCCACGUCAUGUCCUCCUCAGCGGGCAACAGUGCGCCCAACAGCCCCAUGGCCAUGCUCAACAUCGGCUCCAACCCCGAGCGCGAGUUCGAUGAGGUCAUCGAUGACAUCAUGCGCCUGGAUGACGUUUUGGGCUAUAUGAACCCCGAAGUCCACAUGCCCAACACGCUCCCCAUGUCCAGCAGUCACAUGAAUGUCUAUAGCGGGGACCCCCAGGUGACGGCCUCUCUCGUAGGUGUCACCAGCAGCUCCUGCCCUGCCGACCUCACCCAGAAGAGAGAGCUGACAGAUGCUGAGAGCCGGGCCCUGGCAAAAGAGCGCCAGAAGAAAGACAAUCACAACCUGAUCGAGAGACGGCGAAGGUUCAACAUCAACGACCGCAUCAAAGAGUUGGGGAUGCUGAUCCCCAAGGCCAAUGACCUAGACGUGCGCUGGAACAAAGGAACAAUCCUGAAGGCAUCUGUGGACUACAUCAAGAGGAUGCAGAAGGACUUGCAGAGGUCACGAGACCUGGAGAAUCACUCGCGGCGUCUGGAGAUGACAAAUAAGCAGCUGCUGCUCCGCAUCCAGGAGCUGGAGAUGCAGGCGCGUGUCCACGGGCUGCCCACCUCCUCGCCCUCAGGUGUCAACGUGGCCGAGCUGGCUCAGCAGGUCGUCAAGCAAGAAGCCAGCGGGGACGAGGGGACACUGGAGCCACUGCUGCCACCCCCAGACCCCGAAUCGCAGCUGGUGGUGCCUCCACCACCCCAGUCUCCCUACCACCAGCUGGACUUUACCCACAGCCUGAGCUUCGACGACGGCUCCCGCGGCUUCCCAGACAGCCUGGAGCCUGGCCACAGCGCGUCCUUCCCGGCCCUGUCCAAAAAGGAGCUGGACUUGAUGCUGAUGCAGGACACGAUGCUGCCCUUGGCCUCCGACCCCUUGUUCUCAGCCAUGUCCCCGGAGGCCUCCAAGGCCAGCAGCCGCCGGAGCAGCUUCAGCAUGGAGGAUGCCGACAUGCUGUGACGAGGAGCUGCUCCGUGCUGGGGACGAGGGCUGGACCGUCAGGGCUGGUCAGUGGAGCUACAGGGCGCUCUUCUCAUGGAAGGAGCCCGUUCUGCCACGCACUUGAAUGGACUUAGGAAGACCUUUUCUCUAUGCAACGGGGGGCUCGGAUCGGGGCUCGCUGGGUACCGCUGUGUCUUACGCAAGCUUUUUUUUGCCAAGAGCUGGAGCGGACCUUCUUGGUUUGCCGUGGUGUUGGCCUGACUGCAGAUUCCCCAGCCCGGGAACGUGAUCUUGGCUGCUUUGCCUUUCAGCGAAACCCUCCCGGACCGAACCCCUUCCCAGGGUGCUGGCUCAGGGCCGGAGCGGGCGGGAGCCGCCGUGUCCCUGGGAGGAGAGGGACGAUGCUUUUUGCCUGCUUGCUGCCUCCUUGCCACCCUGCUCCAGGAGCCCACGUCCCCAACGAGUUGUCCCAGCAGUGGCCUCCGAGCCCUGCGGAUGCUUCACGGUGCCAAGUCCUUCAUGGUUCCUCCCUCCUUGGCACAGCUGCUGCCUCCGAGGGUCACAGGGCAGGAGGGAGAAGAGGCGUUAAUUGGAGCAAGUUAAUUCAUGGGGCACCAGGGGUGUUUUCCGAAUGGGUUGGGUCUGAGGCUAUGAAUUUGCAUUGAGGACUUCUAGAAGAGCUGGGAUGGGGUGUUGGAUGCUCAGUCAACCCCUUGCUGUGGCCCCCACCUUGAGGGGGGACCUCCCCUCAGGAUUCGGCAGCACCCACUACGCCAAAAGCUCUCGCUCUGGCCAAGGAUGAAGGAGUUUUACACUUCUCUGGGGGGAUACUCGUUGAUGUCUUGUCCCACAUCUGGGCAGGAAGGUCCAGGCUCUGGCCGGGGACCAGGAGGUGGUUUGUACCAACUGCCAAACCUGAGCUGCCGCUCGCUGCCUUUGGCUUGUGGGGUGUCUGCCUGGUGUCACCAGCUCGUUCCCCAGCCAGGAUGACUCGGUGACAGGGAUGUGCUUUGGGCUCUGUGUCAUCUUCUGCCUCAUCAGCCUGGCUGGCAGUGGGGAGGGAGCUGGGCGGGGGUGAAGGACGCUGUCCCGCAUUAAUUUGUUGUAAAGCACAGGGAGGGCUGGGGGGAGGAGACCCCUUUGUGAUCCCACAUGAUAGUGCAGUGUCACCCCCCGGCUGUGAGAGCUGGGGCUGGAUGGCCGGGAGCCCAUCGCGGGGAUGGGGGUCACCGGGUGCACCCCGUCCCGGACCAAGGAUGGGGGAUGUUGCGGGGUUGGGACUGCAAGGGGAGAGCCCAGCCAAGGAGGGACAAGCUCACUCUGUUGUAGCUGGAUUUGGGAUGGCGAGGUGGGGGCAGCCCCAGUGCCCCCCCAGAGAGGUGCCUGUUGGAUGUGAGGGUGCGGGGAGGUGCAGAAGGUGGGGAAAAAGGGGGAAAGAGGAGAUGUUGGGGGGGUCCCUGGGGCAGGGCAGGCUCUGGCCGCUGCCCCGCAGGGGGGCAGGGAGGACACCGGGGGCACAUGGGGGUUCACUGGAGGCCUUGGCAUCCUUCCUGUGCUGCCGUUAGUGCCUGUAAAGAGAAUAAUCCCCUGGCAGGGCAGCAGCAGCCCGUACGCUGCACUGGGCACCUGUAGCUGCGGGUGAUCUGUGGAGCGUGCGGGGGCUUCGGGGCAGGUGUACGGAGCCCCCGCUCACCUGGGGUUAUCCGGGCUGGAGGUGGUUGUGCUGGGCCGGCGCUGGUGGCACACGGCCCAUGGGGGGCACAAGCCCCGCUCCUGGCACCGUCCGCUGCUCAUCACGAGACGAGGCGUCUCCCCAGCCCUGAGUAAACAGUUGUGGAUUAUUAUGAUUUUUUUUUUAAUCUUUUGGGGUUUUUGUUUGUUUUAUUUUUUUUUAAUGCACUGUGCUCUGAUUAAAAAAUUUUACUACUGUUUUAUAAAUAAAUGUAUAAAAGAAUGAACUGGAAUGGAAGAAGAAUCAUUAAAAUAUAUUUAUUUACAACA